UGACGAAUUGGUUGGUUAUUUUGUAGGUGGACCAUUUUCUUUGUGUGAACUAUUUUGCGUAACUAGCUUAGGCCCAAGAGGAGGAAGAGGGCGUCCUGUUCUUGGGCCAUUUUCAGAGUAAAUUUAAGCAUGAUGGAGGAUUUGUGGACUGUAUUUUGUGGGGAAUCUGGUCCUUCAGGCACAGCUGGAAAGCCAUGCACUUCCAAUCUUGAGUCUAUGAUUCAUCCUUCUUCAUGCGUCAAUCAUGUGUUGAUAAUUGGGUUUGACAUUUUGCUUCUAGUUGCGCUCUUGUUCAAUAUGUUUCACAAGUCCUCAUCAAAAACAGGUCACAUUCCACCCCGAUUUCGAGGCCUUUCAGGUUUGCAAAUAGUCUCUGCCCUUGCUAAUGGCUGUCUUGGAAUUGUGUACUUGGGCUUGGGAAUCUGGAUUCUGGAAGAGAAACUGAGGAAUACACAUACCGCUUUGCCUUUGAAUUGGUGGCUACUUGCUUUGUUUCAAGGGCUCACGUGGUUGUUUGUGGGUUUGACUGUAAGCAUCCGGGGAAAACAACUUCCAAGACAACCGGCAAGACUAUUGUCUAUCCUUGCAUUCUUGUUUUCUGCAAUUGUCUGUGCUCUAUCGCUUUUUGCUGCCAUUUUCGGAAAAGAGUUAUCAGUAAAGACCGUAUUGGAUGUCCUGUCUUUUCCAGGAGCAACAUUGUUGUUGUUAUGUGUUUAUAAGGGGCAUCCAUAUGAAGAUGGUGAUGAGGGCAUCAAUGGAAAUGGCCUUUAUACGCCUCUGAAUGGCGAGUCCAAUGACAUCAGUAAAAGUGCUCAUGUUACCCCAUUUAGCAAAGCUGGAUUUUUCAGUAAAGCCUCAAUUUGGUGGCUAAAUUCAUUGAUGAAAAAGGGUAGGGAGAAAACUCUAGAGGAAGAAGAUAUACCCAAGUUGCGUGAGGAAGAUCGAGCAGAAAGUUGUUAUUUGCAGUUCUUGGAGCAACUAAACAAAGAGAAACAAAUUCAACCAUCUUCCCAACCUUCAGUACUAAAGACAGUAAUCAUAUGCCACUGGAAAGAGAUUCUCUUGUCUGGCUUCUUUGCUUUGCUAAAGGUACUCACUGUCUCUGCUGGUCCUAUGCUUCUAAAUGCCUUCAUUCUGGUUGCUGAAGGAAAUGAAAGUUUCAGAUACGAAGGUUAUGUGUUAGCCAUUACACUUUUCCUUUCAAAGACAAUUGAAUCCUUGUCACAAAGGCAGUGGUACUUACGAUCCAGGCUUAUUGGUUUGAAAGUUAAGUCUUUGCUCACAUCAGCCAUUUACAAGAAGCAAUUAAGAUUAUCUAAUGCUGCUAAGUUAAUACACUCAGGUGGUGAGAUAAUGAAUUAUGUUACAGUGGAUGCUUAUAGGAUUGGAGAAUUCCCAUUUUGGUUCCAUCAGACUUGGACCACUAGCCUCCAGCUCUGUCUUGCAUUGGUAAUUCUUUUCCGUGCCGUUGGCCUAGCUACAUUUGCAGCGUUGGUGGUGAUAGUUUUGACUGUGGUUUGCAAUGCUCCACUUGCCAAGUUACAACAUAAGUUUCAGAGUAAGCUAAUGGAGGCACAAGAUGAAAGGCUAAAGGCUAGUUCUGAGGCUCUUGUGAAUAUGAAGGUGUUAAAACUAUAUGCAUGGGAGACCCAUUUCAAGAAUGCGAUAGAAAAGUUGAGGAAGGCGGAGUACAAAUGGUUAUCGGCAGUGCAGUUAAGAAAAGCGUAUAAUUCCUACCUCUUUUGGUCAUCCCCUGUUUUGGUCUCUGCUGCUACAUUUGGAGCAUGUUAUUUUCUCAAGGUUCCAUUGCAUGCAAAUAAUGUUUUCACUUUCGUGGCAACUUUACGCCUUGUUCAGGACCCCAUUAGAUCUAUUCCUGAGGUCAUUGGGGUUGUCAUUCAAGCCAAGGUUGCAUUUGAACGCAUUGUAAAAUUCCUCGAGGCACCAGAACUGCAGACUGCAAAUGUCCGGAAAUGCAACAUGGAGAAUGUAGCCCACUCUGUUCUUAUCAAGUCAGCUAAUUUUUCAUGGGAGGAUAAUAUAUCAAAGCCCACCCUGAGAAAUAUAAACUUAGAGGUUAGGCCUGGUGAAAAGUUAGCUAUAUGUGGAGAAGUCGGCUCCGGAAAAUCAAGCCUGUUAGCAGCAAUUCUGGGAGAAAUUCCAAAUGUUCGAGGAAGUAUUCAAGUUUUUGGGACCAUUGCCUAUGUUUCUCAAGCAGCAUGGAUCCAAACAGGGACGAUACAAGAAAAUAUUUUGUUUGGUUCUGCUAUGGAUGGUGAAAGAUACCGAGAGACACUUGAGAGAUGUUCACUUGUAAAGGAUCUGGAGCUGCUUCCUUAUGGCGACCUCACUGAAAUAGGGGAGAGAGGGGUCAAUCUGAGUGGUGGUCAGAAGCAGCGAAUUCAGCUUGCCCGGGCUCUCUAUCAGAAUGCUGAUAUAUAUCUCUUGGAUGAUCCAUUCAGUGCAGUUGAUGCACAUACUGCUACAAACUUAUUCAAUGAAUAUGUUAUGGAAGCACUUUCAGGGAAGACUGUCUUACUUGUGACCCAUCAAGUUGAUUUCCUGCCUGCAUUUGAUUCUGUUUUGUUGAUGCUAGAUGGGGAAAUCCUACAAGCAGCACCUUAUCACCAUCUUUUGGACUCAAGCCAAGAAUUUCAGGACCUCGUCAAUGCACACAAAGAAACUGCUGGUUCUGAUAGGGUUGCAGAUGCCACUUCUGCCCAAAGUGGAAUAGCUUCCAGAGAGAUUAAGAAGACUUAUGUAGAAAAGCAACUUAUAUCAUCUAAGGGUGACCAAUUGAUUAAACAAGAAGAGAGAGAAACGGGAGACAUAGGGUUGAAGCCAUUCAUACAGUAUCUGAAACAGAAAAAUGGGUUCUUGUACUUCUCAACAGCAGUUCUUUUACACCUUAUUUUUGUUAUUAGUCAGAUUGUACAGAACUCGUGGAUGGCUGCUAAUGUGGAUAAUCCCGAUGUCAGCACAUUGCGAUUGAUCAUGGUUUACUUGCUGAUUGGAUUUUCUGCAACAUUUAUUUUACUGUUCAGAUCUCUUAUAACAGUUGUUCUGGGUCUUGAGGCAUCUCAGUCUUUAUUCUCACAGCUACUGAAUUCCCUUUUUCGUGCGCCUAUGUCGUUUUAUGACUCAACACCUCUGGGAAGGAUCCUUAGUCGGGUUUCAUCUGAUCUGAGUAUCAUAGACCUUGAUAUUCCAUUCAGCCUGGUCUUUGCUUGUGGGGCUACCAUAAAUGCAUAUUCCAAUCUCGGAGUACUGGCUGUUGUUACCUGGCAAGUCCUGUUUGUCUCCAUACCAAUGGUCUAUCUGGCAAUUUGCCUACAGAAAUACUACUUUUCCACUGGAAAAGAGUUGAUGCGGAUCAAUGGCACAACUAAGUCCUAUGUAGCAAACCAUCUAGCGGAGUCUGUCUCAGGAGCCAUUACAAUAAGAGCUUUCAAUGAAGAAGAGCGGUUUUUGGCGAAGAAUUUUGACCUCAUUGACACAAAUGCUAGUCCUUUUUUUCACAGUUUUGCGGCAAAUGAAUGGUUGAUCCAACGGUUAGAAAUACUCAGUGCAGCAGUUCUUUCUUCUGCAGCACUAUGCAUGAGUUUGCUUCCUCCUGGAACGUUUAGCUCUGGAUUCAUUGGAAUGGCACUUUCAUAUGGUCUUUCAUUAAACAUAUCCUUGAUGUUUUCAAUUCAGAACCAGUGCACUAUAGCAAAUUAUAUAAUUUCUGUUGAAAGACUAAAUCAAUACACCCAUAUACCGAGCGAAGCCCCUGAAAUAGUAGAAGGAAGCCGUCCCCCAGCCUACUGGCCAGUUUUUGGUAAAGUGGAGAUACAGAAUUUGCAGAUCAGAUACAGGGCCGAUACACCACUUGUUCUUCUUGGGAUCAGUUGCAUUUUUGAAGGAGGACACAAGAUUGGUAUUGUUGGUCGAACAGGCAGUGGGAAGUCUACUCUCAUAGGUGCUCUGUUUCGUCUGGUGGAGCCAGCGGGAGGGAAGAUUAUAGUCGAUGGUGUUGACAUUUCUACAGUCGGACUUCAUGAUCUGAGGUCACGUUUUGGAAUAAUACCCCAAGAUCCUACUCUCUUCAAUGGAACUGUGAGAUACAAUUUGGAUCCCUUAUCUCAACAUUCAGACCAGGAAAUAUGGGAGGUUCUUGGGAAGUGUCAGCUUCGAGAUGCUGUUCAGGAGAAAGGUGGCUUAGACUCCUUGGUUGUAGAUGAUGGAUCAAACUGGAGCAUGGGACAAAGGCAAUUGUUCUGUUUGGGGCGUGCUCUUUUGAGGCGAAGUCGGGUACUUGUGCUUGAUGAAGCAACCGCAUCGAUCGACAAUGCCACCGAUAUGAUUCUACAGAAAACUAUACGGACUGAAUUUGCAGAUUGUACCGUGAUUACGGUAGCUCACAGGAUACCGACUGUGAUGGAUUGCACAAUGGUUCUUGCCAUUAGUGAUGGACAAAUAGUGGAGUAUGAUGAGCCAAUGAAGUUAAUGAAAAGAGAAGGCUCACUAUUUGGGCAGCUUGUCAAGGAAUACUGGUCUCAUAUCCAGUCUGCAGAAUCCCAUUGAAUAUAUUUAGCAAUAUUGGCUUUUGGGCCACGACUGUUGUAAAUCAUUACGAGAACCGCUAGUCCGAAGAAGUGCGAAUGCGAGGAUUGGGAGAUCGUGUUCUAUUCUGUGCCUGUGUGUGUGAAAAAGAAGUAAAAAAAUGUGAAAAGUAUGAAAAGUAAGGGGCAGGCAAAGGCCGAAACAGAGUUAUUAUAAGAUUCGGUGGG